AUGCCGACAUAUUUGAUCCAUGGCUUUCGCUGGCCGCGACCACUUAUCCGCAUCCAUAUCAUUCUCCAGAACCUUGAUGAUGCCGCUGCGGAAUGGCUCAUCGCGCCUGCGACGACCGAGACACUGCUCGAAAACUUUACCGAAUUGUGGCCGCAGACUGUUACGAACCUGCCCAACCUUCGCUUCGUAGAACAAUUCGAUACCACCGAUGAGUCUCCGGCUGCCUGUUCACAACCAUACGCCUACGUUGCAGACAUCUGCGAACAGGUCAAGUUGGGCAUUGAGGUGGACGAGGUUCGGGGAAAGGUCUAG